AUGAAGGGCGACACGGGCUACCUGUGGCAGGAGCUUUGGAACAAGUAUGAGGAUGCCGACGCCGCUCAGCGCGCCACCCUCGUCACCGCCCUGGGCUGCAUCGACCACCGCGACACCCUCAAGGAGUUCCUGCAGAAGUCGCUGGACGGGGACGUGCGCCGGCAGGACGCCUACACCGUCUUCACGUCCGUGGCCGCCAACCCCAAGGGCGCCGAGGUCGCCCUCGACUUCCUCACCUUCUGGGGCUACGAGAAGCUCGAACAGUGGUACGGCGUAGUUCGAAACGCUAUGACGACCGUCAUCUCAGGGCUGUCCAACCGCCUCACUACGCAGGCGCAGAAGGACCAGCUGGAGGUGGCCGUGGAGCCGUACAAGAGCCGCCACCAGGGCCACCUGAAGACGGUGCAGAGCAACAUCGAGUGGCUGCGCGACCACCAGCUGCCGGUGCUCGAGAACCUGGAGGAGGCACAGGAGUACAAGUGGAGCAGCGGCGGCCCCGCGCCCGCCGCCGCCGCCUCCGCCCUCCUCCUGCUCGCCGCCGCCACGUUGGCGCUGCUCCGCUAG